AUGAGUGAGAAAAAAAACACAGCGAAGCUUCUCGUAAGCGAAAGCAUCGUCUGCAUCAAGAGGUACUUUGACUUGCACGAUGCUACCGUUGUGUCAAUCAAUGAACUGAUAAGGAUUAUACUUCAUAGGAGUGCCAACCCGGGGGCCGGUUUCGACGAAACGGGAGAAUUGGAAGAUCUUCUCAAAAAUGAGUUGACCUAUGCGUUUAUAAAGGAAUACGAGGUGGUCAAAUCGGCACUCAUAAAUUUGAAGGUGUGCCUGGGCGAAAUGAAAAGGCUGAAGGGGGGUAUUCAGGAAAUUGAAGCUUUGGAAAAUUCCGCUGGGGGGACACCCAACGUGGUACACUCCCUGAGGAACUUUUUUAAGAGCGCCCUCAUCCAUUUCAGAAGGGACUACAGAUUGAAAAAAAAGUUGCACGAAGCGCUCAUUCAUGUGGAUGGUGCAUGCGAAAAUGAAAUAAAUCGAUUACAGUUGAUGUGGAAGGAAUCACCCUUCCUAUUUACAAUUUUGCAUAAACACCAAGUUAACAAGAUAAUUAUUGAGGGGAGGCAAUUUUUGCAGAAAGAACAGCGACGGUGA